AUGUUUGUGAGAACCGGUGCCCUUGGUGCCCGUACAAUGGCCGGCAUGAACGCCGCCAGAAACUAUGCCACUUUGCGUGAAAUUGAAAUGCGUUUGAAGUCGAUCAAAAACAUUGAAAAGAUCACCAAGACCAUGAAGAUCGUUGCGUCCACCCGUUUGUCCAAGGCCGAAAGAGCCAAGGCAACUGCUAGAGAGUAUUCGGCCGCUGAACGCGAGUUCUAUCAGAGCGCUGAAACCAAGCCUUUGGAAGCUGCCGAGGGCACUCCUAGUGAGCUCAUCAUUGCUGUAACCUCCGACAAGGGUCUUUGUGGUUCGAUUCACUCGCAACUGUCCAAGGCUGUGCGUAACCAGCUUUCCAAGACGCCAGAGGCUGACGUCGUUUGCGUAGGCGACAAAGUCAAGGCUCAACUGCUUAGAACACAUGGCGAACACGUGAAGUUGGCCUUCAACGGUGUCGGCAAGGAAGCUCCAACCUUCGAGGAAUCCGCUUUGAUUGCCAACGAAAUUCUAAAACUAGGCAAGCAGUACUCUAAGAUCAAGAUUUUCUACAACAACCCUGUGUCUUCGCUAUCGUUCGAGCCCAGCGUCAAGCCUGUGUACAACCCAGAAGCCAUUGAGCAAUCCCCAUCGUUCGCUAAGUUCGAAAUUGACGCUGACAACAAGGUUUCUCAGGAUUUGUUUGAAUUCACUUUGGCCAACCAAAUCUUGUCUGCCAUGGCUGAUGGUUACGCUGCUGAGAUUUCCGCCAGAAGAAACGCCAUGGACAAUGCCUCUAAGAACGCUGGUGACAUGAUCAACAAAUACUCCAUUCUGUACAACAGAACAAGACAAGCCGUUAUCACAAACGAAUUGGUCGACAUCAUCACCGGUGCCUCCUCCUUGGGCUAA